AUGAUUUAUCAUUUUACGGUUUUAUUUUCUAUCAUAAUAUCAAUCACUUGUCAACAAAAUGAAGAUAUUGUUGAAUGCAAUAACCAAGAUUUAUCUCAACACUAUUUAGAUAAAACAAAUCCCAAUGAACAAGAGCAAUUUGCUUAUAAAAUUUUACAUGAAUAUGAUAGAAAUUUAACUACACUUGCUUAUAUAACAGCAUCAGCAGAAUUUGAAACACAUUUGCAUCUAAAUGAUACAAGUAAAACGCGUGCAACGGAGAAAUAUUAUGAUGCCUAUCGUAAUUGUUUAAAGACAGUUGCAAUUAUUGGUAAACAAUUAAAGAAUUUAAUAGAUGAUCCAAAUGCAUCAUUACGUUGGCUAUUAAUUCGUACACAAGCUAUUGGUGACGCUGCACAAAACGAUACAAAAACUAAAUUCGAUAUGCAAAAGUUAAAAGCUCGUAUCAAAGAAAUUUAUCAUCAGAAAUUCAUUUGGAAUAACACAAGAAUAACUAUUGACGAAGUACAAGAGAUAAUGGGUGGACUUAAAUCACCAGAUGAUCUUCUGUCGUUAUGGAAAGCAACGUAUGACGUCCCUGCACCAAUGCGAGAUCACUAUUCAGAAUUAAUUGCUUUACAAAAUCAACAGGCCAAACAGAAUCAUAUGAACGAUCGAAGUGAAGCAAUGACAACUGCUGAAGAACGUCGUCUUGUUGAACAAUUAUGGCAAGAGUUAAAACCACUGCAUGACCUUGUGCAUGCUUAUGUCCGACAACAAAUGGUUCAAAUGUAUCCUGGGCAUGUUCAACUUGAUCAACCGAUACCAUUGCAUUUAACUAGAGAUUUGUUUGGUACGAUGCUAACAUAUCUUGAACAUGAUAUACUUCCAUUUCCAGAUAUAGAAGGAAUUGAUUUAGGUCCAGCCAUGAAACGAAAGAAUUUUACUGAAGAAAACAUUUUUCAAUAUGCUGACGAUUUUUUUGUUGCAUUAAAUUUAACACGAGCACCAAGCCGCUUUUGGAAUUUAUCUAUAUUUAAAAAGACUCCUAAUCGCCAUAUGGCUUGUCAUCCAGCAGCUUUCGAUAUGUAUAAAUAUGAUGAUGUUAGAAUUCGUAUGUGUACAAGUGUAACAUCGCGUGAUUUCUAUGUGGUUCAUCAUGAAAUGGGUCAUAUACAACAUUAUCUUCAAUAUAAAAAUUUGCCAUUCUGGUUUCGUCGAUCUCCACAUGGUGCAUUUAGUGAAGGUAUUGGCGAUGCAAUUGCAUUAGCAGCAAUGUCACCUACACAUUUGAAACGAAUUGGUUUACUGGAAAAUUAUUCAUCAUCGAAAGAGGACAAUAUAAAAUUUUUGGUUUCACAAGCGUUAAGUAGACUCUUCUUACCACCAUAUGCAUAUGCACUUGAACUUUGGCGUUGGUCGGUUUACAAUGGAUCGAUUCUACCCAGUGAAUAUAAUAAACGCUAUUGGGACCUUAUAUGUCAAUACCAAGGUAUGAAACCACCAGAAGUACGUGGUGAACGAUAUUUUGAUGCUGGAACAAAACUUCAUAUAGCUUUUGAUUUAACUUAUCUAAAAUAUUUUCUUGCACAUGUAUUUCAAUUUCAAAUAUUUGAUGUUUUAUGUCAUGAAGCAGGUAAUCGAGGGCCAUUACAUCUAUGUGAUUUACAUGGUUCUGUCGCAGCUGGAAAAAAACUCAAAGUCUUACUUGGAAUGGGUUCAUCGAAACCAUGGGAAGAUAUAUUAGAAGAAUUUGCAGGCGUCAAAACUUUUUCAGCUAAAUCAUGUUUAAAAUAUUUUCAACCACUUCGAGAUUAUCUUGAAAAAUUAGUUGCAGACGGUCAAUUACAUGUUGGAUGGAAAUGUGAAAAUAAUGGUUUUUCAACAAGAUCUUUUAUACCAACAACUAUUUGGUUGAUUUUAAUACUGAAAUUUAUCCUUUCAAACAUAUUUUUUCCUUUGUAA